AUUUGCAGUAGUCAGUGUCUGAGUGAGCACCACUGCGUCCCCAACUGGAUGCACCGACCUCCGACAGAACCAAUUCCUCCGAAACUUCCUUCGAACGCGCAGUUUUCUUUGGUCAAGCACAACAAUCAGGAUUAAAAUAAACCCACUUUGAUUAGGGUGCCAAAUCGCGAGGGCGCCAAGAUGCAGUCGGCGCCGAGCGGUGCGGCCGUCAGCGUGCGCGAGGCUUACAAGUAUUAUGGCAGCAGCAAGUCGCCCAAAGUCGUCCUCGACAGACUCAACAUGACGGUGCCCCGCGGAGCCAUCUACGGCCUGCUGGGCGCGAGUGGCUGUGGCAAAACCACCCUUCUCACAUGCAUUGUGGGCAGGAGAAAAUUGAAGUCAGGAGACGUGUGGAUCUUGGGAGGCAGACCGGGUUCGCCCGGCAGUGGCGUGCCUGGACCCAGAAUUGGAUACAUGCCACAGGACAUCGCCUUGUUCGGCGACUUUUCCAUCAGGGACACCAUGUUUUAUUUUGGUAAAAUCUUCGGCAUGUCCAACAGAGAGGUGGAGGAGAGGGCGACCUUUCUGCACAGGAUGCUCGAACUGCCCCCCGACGACAGACUUGUCGGCAAUUUAAGUGGCGGACAGCAGCGGCGCGUGUCUUUCGCAGCCGCUCUGCUCCACGACCCCGAACUGCUCAUCCUCGAUGAACCCACAGUCGGCGUGGAUCCUGUUCUUCGGCAAAGAAUUUGGGACCACCUGAUGUACAUCACACAGACUGGAAACAAGACGGUGAUCAUCACAACGCACUACAUCGAAGAGGCUCGCCAAGCAGGCACAAUUGGACUGAUGCGAAACGGGACGCUUCUGGCGGAGGACUCGCCUAGCGAGUUGCUGACCCUUUACGGCUGCAGCUCCCUGGAGGACGUGUUCCUGCUGCUGAGCCGUAAGCAGGGCCGCAACAGCCAGGACAUGGUCGCUGACGCUGAAGACCCCGAAGAGAUGGCCAAUGUGCAACGACAGCAGCAAACCCAGCAAGAAAACCGCAGGAACAGUAUGGAGGUUGUGUCGCACCAGCAAGACCAGGGAAUGAACCUUCAAGCUGCUUACAGAAAAAACACCACCACAGCCUCCACAGCGACUUUAACCAAUAACACUGACGAAAUUCACAUUCCGUCCAGCAUAAGGCGGACGCUCAAAAACAGGGCCUCCCGGAUAGGAAAGAUGGAGUCCCUGCUCAAAAAGAACAUCCUCAGAUAUUGGAGAAAUUUUGGUUUGAUGAUGUUCAUCCUCGGGUUUCCGUUGCUGCAAAUCGGUGCCUUUUUCCUUGCCAUCGGACACGAUCCGAGACACUUGCCAGUUGCUGUGGUGAACGACGAGGUGCCCUGGUACCGGGCUGGCCCUGGACCUUCCUACACAGGAGGACCCCUCUUCGUGGAAAAUGACAGGUGCCUGGGUAUGAUAGUGCCAGGGUGCAACAUGACUCGCCUCAGCUGCAGAUUCCUUGACGCCCUCGACCCCACAUUUGUCACAAAGAGAUACUACUCGGACCUGAAAAGUGCCCAGGCUGCAGUGAAGGCGGGCGAAGUGUGGGGCACCAUGCACUUCGGAGCCAACUUCAGUGCUGCCCUUGAAGAGCGCAAAGAACGAGGAAAGGACACCAGCGACGAAGCCCUGGAAAUGGGAGAACUCGGCGUGUGGCUAGAUAUGUCUGAUCGGCAGAUUGGCCUGCUGCUGAAAAAGCAGAUCCUGGACUCUUACAAGAAGUUCUUCAAGGAGUUGUUGUCCGACUGCGAACUGAACCACAAGUACGGUGAAGUUCCCAUCCAGUUCAAGCCUCCCAUCUACGGAGUCGAGUACCCCAGCUACACGAUGUUCAUGGCCCCCGGGGUCAUCUUGACCGUGGUCUUCUUCCUCAGCACCGGCAUCACCUGCACCACCAUGAUUUCCGAGGUGCAUGAAGGCAUUUGGGACAGAGCCCUCGUCACAGGAAUCACAGCAAGUGAGAUUCUGCUAUCCCACGUGCUGACCCAAAUGCUGGUGCUGUUUGCCCAAACCAUCGAGUGUCUGCUGCUCUCCUUCCUCCUCUUUGGAAUGACGAGCAACGGCUCAAUCAUUCUGGUCACCCUCCUCACCGUUCUUGAAGGCUUCUGUGGAAUGUGCUUUGGUUUCUUGAUCUCCAUCGUGUGUGAGAACAUCUCUGCUGCCAACUACUUGUCAAUCGGAAGUUUUUACCCCAUGAUCCUUUUGUGUGGAAUUGUGUGGCCUCUGGAAGGAAUGCCAUCUGGUCUGCGUGCCUUUUCGCUGCAGCUGCCUUUGACUAGGUCAACGGACUCGUUGAGAAACAUAAUGACGAAAGGCUGGGGAAUCACCGAGCCUGGCGUUUACGAAGGCUUUUUGGCCACUUUUAUUUGGAUUCUGGUCCUCCUAGCCCUUUGCGUCGUCGGAUUGAGAAUUAAAAAGGGUUAAACAAAUCGGCUAAAAAAAACUACAUACUUCAUUUUUUACGACAAAAGAAGGGAAAAAAUCCGGUUUUCGAGCUUUAAUUAAUUUCGAAUAUUUUAUAUGCAGGACACAUAUUUGCUCAGAGACUUAUUUCUCGGUACGAUUUUUUUUGCUAACUAGUAGUAUUGGUUUUAAACAUUAGUUAUUUAGUUUGUAAGAAUUGCCCAGCGCGAGCAAUUAAAUUAUUACCCCCGCGAGAAUGCGCAUCGAGUGCGUGAAUCCGAUGAAAAAAAACUAUUGGUCACUGAAACAAUUACUUACUUUUCUGCCAGUAAACGUGAUGAGAGGCUCGGAAACCCAUUCUGCGACACUUUUGCUGCUGUGAUUGUAAUAUUUAAUUGCAUUUAUAUAUCAUUUUUUUUUACUCCCCACAACUAGCAGAAAUAAAAUUAAUAAUAAAAAAUGCCUUCAACUGCGAAAAUAACUCUGUUUGUUUAUGAGAGGAGAAAUCUGUUUCCUAUGUAAAUAUAUGUAUUCAAAAUUGUGGUGACUUUGGAGAUUUUCCUCGAGUAGUAAUAUUAUUUUGAGUUUGUGUCAUUUUUACUAUUGAUUUUGUUGCAAGGAGGCCAAACAAUUAUUGAGAUGAAAAUAUUAAUAAAAAUACCUAGAA